ACGACCACAAUUCACUCCUUCAGUCAGUGAAGCUCCCACAGCCGUUCAUGAGAGUUUAAAUGCUGGGGAAUAUUCCCAUCUUCCCACAGGAGAAGAAGAAGCAAGCAGGAGGAAUUACUCCAGGAGAAACUACGGACAUACUAUUGUAAAGAUGGAGAUUAAGGAAGAACCCUGCAGAAUAAAAGAUGAAGAUACAGAGGAACAAAUAGACUCAAUAGAAGUGAAUGAAGACAAACGGCAUCUGUUUCAAAAAUCUCAUCAUUUCAAAGGUGAAGAUGGAAAUGCAGUCGUUUCAAAGACUGAAGAGAAUUUCACACAAAAAACAAGCUGGAAAAUCUGGAGUCAAAGGAUCUUUCACCUGCUCUGAGUGUGGAAAGAGUUACGUGCAUAAACCAGACCUUAAGAGGCACAUGAGAAUUCACACUGGAGAAAAUCUGUUUGCAUGCACUCAGUGUGGAAAGAGUUUUAUACAUAAAAGAAACUUAAAUGACCACAUGAGAAUUCACACCGGAGAAAAACCUUUCACCUGCACUCAGUGUGGAAAGAGUUUCACUUACAAAAGAAAUCUCAAUGAUCAUCUGCACACUCACUCUGGAGUGAGAUCAUUCAGCUGUGAUCAGUGUGAUAAAACAUUUGUUGUGGCAUCAGGCUUAAAAACACACCUUAAAGUUCAUGCUGGUGCGAAGCCUCAUGUUUGCUCUUUUUGUGGAAAUAGUUUUUCACUACUGAAAAAUUUACAAGUUCACCAGCGUAUUCAUACUGGUGUGAGACCUCAUGUCUGCUUUGACUGUGGGAAGAGCUAUAGUACAUCGAGCAACUUAAAAACACACCAGAGAAUUCAUACUGGAGAGAAACCGUACAAGUGCUCACACUGUGGAAAGAGUUUCUCUCAGUCAGGAGUCAUGAAAGCUCAUGAGAGAGUUCAUACUGGAGAGAAGCCGCACCAGUGCUCUUCAUGUGGGAAGAGUUUCACCUUCUCUUCUAAUCUACUGAAACAUAAGAAAAAGCUUUGUUUGUGAGUGAAAACACUUGUGAAACAAUGGCGGCGUCAGUCCUUUAA